AACAUAGACACCGGUAAAUUUUCGUGAAAUAAGUUUUGAAAAUGUCAAGCCUGAAACAAACUCCCCUGACCUGCAGCGGACACACACGUCCAGUUGUGUUUUUAACAUACAGCGAUAUAACUCCAUUUGGUUAUUUCUUAAUUAGUGCGUCCAAAGAUGGAAAACCAAUGUUGCGUCAGGGUGACACAGGUGAUUGGAUAGGAACCUUUGAGGGUCAUAAAGGGGCUGUCUGGGGAGCAACCCUCACAAGAGAUGCUGAUACAGCUGCAACAGGAGCUGCAGAUUUCACAGCUAAGAUAUGGGAUGCAAAAUCUGGUGAAGAGUUGCAUACGUUUCAGCACAAACAUAUAGUGAAGUGCGUAGAUUUUUCUCGAGAUGGGAACCAUCUUCUGACAGGCAGCCAGGAAAAAAUCCUCCGAAUAUUUGACCUUAUUCAAUUAGACAGUGAGCCUAUUAAGAGUUUUACUGGGCAUGGAGCCUUUAUAAAGAAUGCUGUGUUUACAAAAGAUGGGAAACAAGUUAUCAGUGCAGCAGAGGAUAAAACCAUCAGGGUAUGGGAUAUAUCAUCUGGUUCGGAAGUGAGGAAGAUAGAUCUCGAGGCUGCCCCCACUAGUCUAGAACUUUCGCAUGAUGGAUCUGUUGUCACAGUAACAUAUGGCUCUACCACCAGCUUUUGGAAUGCAGAAACAUUUGAUAAGUUACGUGAGUUCCAAUCACCUACUCAGAUCAACACAGCUUCACUGCACCCAGAUAAAACUGUAUUUGUAUGUGGUGGUGAAAACUUCAUUAUGUAUAAAUAUGAUUAUGAAACAGGAACAGAGUUAGAGGCAUUUAAAGGACAUUUUGGACCAAUACAUAGUGUAAGAUUCUCACCAGAUGGAGAAGUUUACGCCAGUGGCAGUGAGGAUGGAACACUGCGACUAUGGCAGAAUACAGUUGGCAAAAAUUACGGACUCUGGAGAUGUGUUCAACCUGAUGAAAUUACUCAGAAUUCCGAUUCAACACCUACUAAACCAGAAGCUUAGCAUUUUAUGGACAAACUAAUUGUGUUAUUGUGCUAUUUAUUGUUUUUGCUGUCAAACUUCUGCUGUUUCAGCUUUGGUAAAGCAACCAGACUCAGCUGUCAGUCAUCUUAUUUCUUUAGUAAAUGGGCCCGCCCACUUAGCUCAGAAGCGAGAGCGCCGAUCUACAGAUUGCGUGGUCAUGAGUUUGAUAUCUGGGUGGGGCAUAUGUGCUUCGUGAUGAUUUGAUAAAAAACAUUGUGUCAGAAAUCAUUCAGUCCUCCACCUCUGAUUCAUGUUGAGAAGUUGGCAGUUACUUGCGGAGAACAGGUUUGUACUGGUACAGAAUCCAGGAACACUUGUUGGGUUAACUGCCCACUGCUACAUAACUGAAAUACUGUUGAAAAAUGGAGUUAAAGCCAAAACAAAACAAAUCUUUAAUAAAAGUUCAGGAAAAUAAAUUUAGUAAGAUAGUGUGAUCUACAAAUGCUUUUCUGAAGUCAAGAAAUACAGCACCUAUGUAUUUUCCAGAAUCUACCUCUUUCAACCAUGCAUCUGUUAAUAGCCUGAGAGCUGUAUUGCAUGAAUGGUUAGGUCUAAAUCCUGACAAAGUUUCAUUUGAAAAAAGACAAAAAUAUGCCAUUACUAUAUAUGUUACUUCUGCUUCCCUACUUUUGGUUGAAUCUUUGUAAAAUUUUAUUAUUAUUUAUGGAUGACGAUUCCAGUAAUGAAACAUGGCACUGACAUAUCAUAUCAUGACCACUGCUGCAUAAAGUUUGUAACAGUAAAAAAUUGUUUUUGGCAUCAAAGAGAAUAGAGUAUUUGUCUGGACUGUAUCAUUGUUAAUUAUCUUACAAGUCUUUUUCUUUAAACUGCUGUUAUGGAAAUAUUGAGGGUGAAUUGAUUUAAGACAUACAUGUGAUUAAACAUAUUGUUUUCUCAAGAUAAAGAUAACUGUAGUCCAGCA